AUUACGUGAAUUGUCAACAAUAUUUAAAUGUAGUCACCAACCUAAGGAAUGUUUGGCUACUGAUCAUUUGCCUGAUAUUUUUGGUUUUGUUUUCUUUGUUUUGUGUAUGUGAAAUGUGUUGUGUUUUACAUUGGGAUUUGUAUAUGAAUGGAUUUUAUUUUAAUUAUCCAGCUUAUCCGUUGUAGGGCAAACAGUUGAAUAACGAUUGCAUCAUGGUGGAUAAAGGCCGAUGUGAUACCUCAGGUGAUUAACAGUCUCACAUAAAUAAAGGAUGCAGUGAACAUCAAAAUUAAAGAGGUUGUUUUGAACCAGUUGCCUUGUUUUAUGAAAUAAGAGACUGCACACCCGACAGUAGUUAGCUGUUUUGAUGUAGCAGUAGUUAUGGAUAUUAGUGUAACUGUACAUUUUUAGAUCUUUGUUGACUGUCUGCCCAGAAUAUACAGUUUGAUGAACAAUUAGUGAUGGCGUCUAACGGCAAUGCUGAGACGAGUCGCCUGGUGAAUGUAGAGAGUGCAGAGGUGUAUGGUUGCGAGGAGCGGCUGUCUGACCUAAGUGGGAGUCUCGCUAAUGCAAGUGAGAGCCAAGGGACUGGGGACAGUGUUCCCCUAAUCCAAUCCCCCAUGGUGUGGAGACUGCCUCGGGGCAUGAGCUAUAACCCCAAACACACAAGCUCGGGGGACAUGAUUCGCACCCUGGGAACGUUUGCUGGGGUCUUCUGUCCGGUGGCCCUGGCCCAGUUUAGCACCAUGCUCUUCCUGCGAACAGGGAUGAUUGUGGGUCAGUCUGGUAUCCUGCUCACCACGGUGAUGAUGGUGCUGGCCUACCUGAUCCUGCUGCUCACAGUGUUCAGUAUCUGUGCCAUCUCAACCAACGGGGCUGUUGAGGGAGGCGGAGCAUAUUAUAUGAUCAGUCGAGCCCUGGGCCCAGAGUUUGGGGGCAGCAUAGGGCUCCUAAUCUAUGUUGCCAACAUUUUUUCCUGUGCCCUGUAUGUGGCUGGCUUCACUGAGGCCAUUCUGGACAAUUUCUCUACUGGAGGCUCCGUUACCAUGGGGACAGGUCUGCCUGCAGACUGCGCAGGCUGCUGGUGGAGGUACCUGUAUUCGUCUGUAGUCCUCCUCCUUUGCCUGCUGGUUUGCAUUGUUGGUGGAUCUCUAUUUGGCAAAACACAGGUUGUGAUUGUCCUGAUAACAAUUGUAUGCACAUUAUCUGCGUACAUCAGUGUGUUUGCCAAGAGCAAGGUGAUUAAUAUUGGCAUUCCAAAAGACAACCAUCGGUUUCCCAAUAACACCAAUCUGACGUUUCAGUAUACUGGACUGUCAGCACAUACAUUCCAUGAAAAUACUUUGGAUUCAUACACAAAUUAUGAGGGCAAGAAAGUGCCAUCAUUUCAAGAGGAUUAUUCCACUAACAAUCAGAUGAACUUUACUGCCAUGUUUGCCAUCCUCUUCAGUAGCGUUACUGGCAUCAUGAAUGGGGCAAAUAUGUCUGGGGAGCUUAAGGACCCCAGCAAGUCAAUCCCUAAAGGGACACUUGGUGCUAUCUUCUUCACCUUCACCACAUACAUGAUCUUGUUCAUCCUGAUAGGGGGCUCCUGCUCAAGGGACCUGCUGAUCAAUAACUACCUUUUCCUGCAGGACAUCAACCUCUGGAAUGGCAUGGUACUCAUUGGCAUAUUUGCAACCACCCUCUCUGCUGCCCUGGGCAACCUGAUUGGAGGCUCUCGCAUCCUAGAGGCACUGGCCAAUGACCAGCUCUUUGGGCGUAUCUUGAAUCCAGCUACCAAAACUACUAAGGGAGGUAAUCCUUACAUGGCAGUGCUGAUCACAUGGUUUUUGGUGCAGCUGGUGAUGCUGGUUGGUUCACUGAAUAUCAUAGCCCAGCCCACCACUGUUUUCUUCCUGCUGGCUUAUGCCUCUGUGAAUCUUGCCUGUGCAGCACUAGACUUGGCGUCAGCACCAAAUUUCAGGCCCACAUUCCGUUUCUACAGCUGGCACUUGUCACUGGUGGGCCUGGUUGGCUGCCUGAUUAUGUGCUUCUUGAUCAGCGUGGUCUACUCAUCCGUGACAAUCAUCUUCAUGCUGAUAAUGAUAAUCGGGUUGCACUUCCGUGCCCUGCCAUUCCAGUGGGGCUCCAUCAGCCAGGCCCUUAUCUUCCACCAGGUUCGCAAGUACCUGCUGAUGUUGGAUAUUCGCAAAGCUCAUGUGAAGUACUGGCGGCCACAUAUUUUGCUCAUGGUGUCCCGCCCUCGACAGUCUUCUGAACUCAUUGACUUCAUCAACGAUAUAAAGAAAGGAGGUCUGUAUGUUCUUGGCCAUGUGCGUGUUGGUCACCUAGACGACCACCCAGACAAGGACCCUAUACACGAGGAGUUCCCCAAGUGGUUGAAGCUGGUUGAUACCAUGCAGAUCAAGGCGUUUGUGGAGCUGUCACUGGCAAGGACCGUCUGUGAUGGACUUCAUCAACUCAUCAGGUCCACAGGCCUCGGGGGCAUGAAGAUCAACACAGUGUGCCUGGGAUUCUAUGAUAAUUCUCAAGCCGUUGAUGUCUUGAGCAAGCGCCAGGUCUCUAAAAGAGGUUUAUUUGGAAAGAGUGAAAGUAGGAAGCUUGAAAUAGGAGAGCAUUUCCGUGGAAUACGGCUGCAAGGUGGCAUGAAGGACCUGACAGCCAGGGAGUAUGUUAAAAUGGUUGCAGACUCUUUAAAAAUGCACAAAAAUGUUCUUUUGUGCAGACAUUUCAAUAUGUUGGAUAAAAAUUACAUUAAGAGCAGCAAAGGAAACUUGUUCAUCGAUGUUUGGCCUGUUAAUUUCUUUCGUCCUGAGACUGCAAGCUAUUUUGACAACACAUGUCUGUUUUUGCUGCAACUAUCUUGUAUUAUCAACAUGGUGCCUGGAUGGAAGUCAAAAACCACUCUAAGAGUGUUCCUGUUUGUGAAUGCCAACACUGACAAUGCACUGAAAAAGGAACAAAAGCUUGAAACAUAUUUACGACAGCUACGCAUUCUUGCCAAAAUCCAAACAGUACCAUGGAAAUCCAUUGAAAAGGGCAGCGACUUGAAUGAGUUUGACAUCAGCGUCAACUACCCUGACUGCCAGAUGCAGGAGUACAACCGGGUAUCGGAUGCGUUCCUCACUGCAGUGAACGCCACCAUUAAGUCAGCCUCCCAGCGCACGGCCUUGACCUUCCUCUACCUGCCCCGACCCCCCAAGGACAGCAGUCAGCUGGAGACCUACUUGGAGCAGCUGACCAGCCUCUCAGUUGACCUGCCCCCAACUGUGUUUGUACAUGGGCUGCACCCAGUGACCUCCACCACCCUGUGAGGGGGCUGGCCUUCGUUACCAGGCAACCCGCUGUACUGGCAUAGCUCUAUAGAAAAUACCAGCUAGAGGCUUUUUCUACCAAAAAUUUAUAGCGUCCUGCUGCAAAUACUUGUUAUACCCUAUUUACACAAUUUAUUUAUUCGUAGUUACAAGGCGGCGUAUUCAUUUCACUGGUAAUAUUCCCCAAGAUACUGGCUUCGUACAUUCAUAACAUGAAAAUAGUAUUU